GGUGAAAGGGCAUCAGGAGCAGAGAGUGCCUCUGAUCUAUGCCUAAAGUAAAGUGCCAAUAAAAAGUGCAGUGCGGGUACAUUUUUAGUGUGCAUAAAGAUAGGUAUGGCCAUUUAAACUGAGAGGAUAAAAAAAUAUAGUUGGGAGCACCAUCAGCAGCUGGCCUGCAGGCUCUCCUCUGUUUUUUCGGUUGUCUGUAUACCUAGGUACAUAGCAUUGUUGGCAUAGAGAUCAUUUUCCUGGCCUUUUGUACAGUAAACCAAUCAAUCCAGUACAGCUACAUCAGCGACAGCAAAGAACUGUCUGCGAAGCGAGUGAUUUAAGUGAAGCACAGAAGCUACAGCAGGUGCAUUAAAGAGAGAAGAAAAGCAACUUAUUCCAAGAGAAAAGGAGCAGGGAAAAGAGUCUCGGAGUCGUGUAUAGCUCCAAGGUGAGCAACAACAAUGCCAGCACCACCGCCUCCACCUGCACCCACGUUCAACCUGGGAGCAGGGUCGCCGGAACAAGACAGAGGAGCGUUGCUCCAAUCUAUCAGGGCUGGCAAACAGCUCAAGAAAACGGUUACUGUUGAUAAAAGUGGCCCUGCUAUUGCUGGUAAAGUCAAAGGAGAGAGCACUAGUACUUUAAGCACCACAAAUGUAAAUACAAGGUCUAAUGUAGCGAGUAAUAAGGGAAAUAGUAUUAACAAUGGCAACUCCAUGGGUUUGGGAGGCCUAUUUGCCGGUGGCAUGCCUAAACUCAAACCAACUGGUAUGAGAAACAAUCUGGCAGAAAGAGACAAUGGUAAUGGACCUGUAAACAUGGGAUCAGCUACGUUACCAAGUGCCAAACGUGGACCGCCACCUAUGCCACCGUCAGCUGCACAGAAACCACAGAUAUUUGCCCAAAAAGUUACAGAGUCUAGCGCGAAUUACAGCCCAGAGACUCCAAAAAUAUCUUUUGGAAAACCAACAUUGGCACCAAAGCCACCUACGACGUCUUUGAGUGGAGUACAGCAAAAACCCUCACCACCGCCUAAAAAACUCAAUCUCACAAUAAGCAAUUCAGUUUCAAGAGCACAGAGUAUGCGAAUACCACGCUCACCACCGGUGUUGGCACCGACGCCGUCUUCGCUGCACCAGUCUCAGGAUUGCCUGAACGAGCCUCAACACAGGCCUAUGAUCACACGAGUGCUGAGGCCACCGCAAGCGAGGCCACCGUCACCGCCCACAUCCCGAGCCCCGAGUAACAGCAGUAGUGGCAGCGGCACCACGAGCAACGGAGUGCCAAUCACGAGGGUUGCUCCUCCACCCCCAACCCGGGCACCGUCUAUGCCUCCCCCGCCGCCGCCACUACCGUACCGCACCUCGUCCACGGUGAUGCCGAGUGGUGGAAGCACCCCUAUCAUGACGAUGGCAACAACGAUAAGGCAGGCACCACCAGCACCACCACCCCCGACGCCACCAACGCGAAGCCAAUCUCUUCAGCAGCGCAACGGGCUGGGACACACUGAUUUGGAGUUGCGCUUUGCCGAAAUGUUUCAUUCGAUAGCUACUUUCCCAGCGCCCGCGCCCUUCCGUGGCAUUCCUAAAGUCUACAACAGCAAAACUGCCGCUGCACAGAAACAGCAAGCGCCCGCACCGCCCCAGCGUUCAGUAUCCAGCGUAGGAAGUAUUGUGCUCCACUCGCCCGGCUCGAGAAAACAGCCGCCCCAGCCACCAGCACCUGCGGCAUCGCAGCAGUGGCAGCAGCAGAACGCAGCCUCGUCGGCCUGCUAAGGACGGCUCCGCUCUUGUCUAUGCUUUCUCCUCCCCUGCAAUCGUCAAGAUAACAGUCCCGAUGAUCAGCCUGUGUAGACUGUUGCUGCUAUUGUUUUGUUGUUGUUGCUGUUGUUAUUGUUGUUGAUAAUAAUCAUGAAAUAAUAUUAUGAGGGAAAGCCGAUGACCAAGAGAAUAAUCACGUAGAUUUAUUUACGAUACCGUUGUUUCACUGCAUAAAUACGUAGAGAUGAUUAGGAAGGGAAAUAUACAAGUGUAUGUUUUUUUUUGUCUUCUUGUGGAGGACUCUUCGACCGACGCAUUAUUUGUGUGGAUGUGUCUUUUUGUAUGCACGUGAGAAAAAGAGAGAAAAAA